UUCCUGGUUUUUCCUUUCCUCGCGGCAUUCACGCGCACCUUCCUUUGUGAGAUGGACAGGUAAAGCCCUCCGGAUAUAUGCGCACGGUGCUGAGUCAUAGCCGCACAACACCAGCCGCAUGCUGAACCUGCGCAGGCUUACGGACCAGAACGCACACCAACGGAGCCCCUCUUCCAAAUCAGUGGUUCUGCGUGGAUUUUUGUUCCUUCAGACUUUAAACUCAAAAUAACUAAGUGGAUUUACCGUCCAUUCAGGCUUCAUCUACAGAUUGGAGCGGCUUCCCAUUCGGCCUUGCACAUCCAAGAUGAAAACAAUUGCUCGCAUGCUCAUUUUAUUUUUGAGUGUUUCUGCUAUUUUGUUUUUUUGGGGAAAAGUCUCACAAUAUGAUCCGCCUCAGGAACGAAGAUCCUGUGCUUGUGACAAAUGUCUAUUUGAAAACGGGACGUUGGCUUUUCAGAAUUUGAGCAAAUUUUCACAACCAUUUUUAUCCAGGAACUACAAUCUACCAGAAGAAGAUUUCAACUGGUGGAGGGUCAUACAACACGGAGGCGGCACCAUCAGUGAAUACAGAAGAAACAUGUCGAGGGUUUUUCAGCUGAUCCCAGCCAAUCCUCCACUUGAAGAAUCCAUCCCUGGCCGCUGCAGGACUUGUGCUGUGGUGGGAAAUUCUCGUAAUUUGUUAAAAUCAAAAUACGGACCUUUAAUAGAUUUCCAGGACUACGUCAUAAGAAUUAACAUGGGUCAUUCUAAAGGCUUUGAAGCAGAUGUUGGGAACAGAACAACUCAUCAGGUCAUGUAUCCAGAGAGUUCUUCUCAGUUGGAUAACACCACUCGUCCGGUGCUGUUUACAUUUAAGAUGAGGGAUAUUCAAUGGAUUAUAAAGAACAUCAGCACACAACCUUCUAGAAAAAAACCCCUCUUCAACAAGGAUUUGGUUAUGGUCGUUAACCCAGCUUUCAUGAGGAAUAUUCAUCACGUGUGGCUGCAAAGGAAGGACUAUUAUCCCUCCACCGGCUUCAUGUCUUUAGUUCUUGCACUGCAUAUUUGUGAAGAGGUCCAUGUGUUUGGUUUUGGAGCAGACAGUGAUGGAAACUGGAGUCAUUACUGGGCAAAUGAACCCAAAAAUGAAGUAAAAACUGGAGGACAUCCUGGAAAUGUAGAGUUCGAAAUGAUCAUGGCGCUGACAAAGCAUAAAGUAAUCGAAUUCUAUAACGGGAGAUAAUGUUUCCCUCAGCAUUUAACUUAUUCAAGCCUUGACAAUGGAUUCCUUACAAAGCAAGACAACACUAAGGAUCACAGAUCAUCUCCACUAACGGAACGAACAGAGGCCGAACUGAUCUACACGUGUUGGGAGUCUUUGUGUUUAAAUUACCAACUGCUUCAGAGACAUUGACCACAAAUGGAUUCCAAUUCAUUGCAGGAUCUCAGAAAGACAUUUUCCUCUUCUUUUUCUUAUUGUCUUUUUUAUGAUGCACCAAAUAAAUGUGGUGGGGAGUUCUGCGGUGAAAAAAAGGUAGCAAAGUUAAUAAUAUUUCAGACUUAUAGUAAUCCACCUCACAUUGUUGACAUAAAGCUACAGUUUUAAGGUCGAAUCACAAUUUCACAAUAAAAGUCCAUUUGUAUUCAAAGGUAUCAGUUUUGAAAUACUGAUGUUUCUUUGUGUUAUUCACUGUAAAGACAUCAAAUCUCUAUACACGUUGUCACGGCGUGAAGAAUCACACGACAAGGAUAGCUUAAACAAAGUUCCCGGAGGGUGGUUUAUUUACAAAGUGAUAGAGAUCUGUGCUCCUGAGAGGCUGAGCGGUCACCCGCUGCUUUCUGGAGAAAAGAUAGCGAACAGGCGUUAGCGUUCUGUCUCAUGGAGAGGUUUCUCUCCCUCUGGUAAAAAAAAAACCCCAUGCGGCUUAUGUGGCUGUUGUUUGAUGAACUGCAGCUGGGGCUGAUCAGCCGCUGACGAGGGCGUGCAGGUGUUCCUCGUGUGUUACCAGGACGACGCUGAUGAAUCCUCUGAGUGCUCGUCACAACGUGUAUACCCCAAAUAGA